AUGGGAAUUCUAAGAAUAGUGGCCGAAGAUUAUUUCCAUGGAUUCAAAGAUUCAAUUCUUGGAUUAAUGUUUAUACGACGUAUUUUGGCUGAAGAUGCAAGAGAAAUUCAAGUGGAACCACCAGAGAGAAGAGAGAGAACUGUGCUUCAGAUGAGAAGAGAAAAACAAGGAAUUUUCAGAAGACCUCCUGAACCACCAAAGAAAAAGGACAGUCUCGUCAAGAAACUUACACAAAUCUACGCAAUGAACAUUGGCUUCGUAGUUGUAUGGCAACUUCUGGUUUUCAUAUUGAGCUUCGUUUUCGGUCUUUUUGGAAGAGCAGAAUUGGGUGAGACGAUUGGUUAUCUCAUGAUUGCUCCAAUCUUUGUUCUCAUGAAAAUUGUCCAAAUGCUCUGGUUUUCGGAUAUAUCGGGUGCUUGUAUGAGAGCCCUUAACCAACCACCUCCUAACCAGGAGUCAAUGGGAAGAAUGUUUGGAGAAACUGUGACUUCUUUGGUUCACCAGAACAUAUUUUUUGUUCAAGCAAUGCUAUCCCAGUAUCUCCCCAUUCCCCUCAUUACGCCAUUCAUUUUUUUCGUCCACAUGUCUCUUCUCAACUCAAUGUAUUGCUUCGACUACUUCUACGAGAGCUACAACUUCUCGUUUAAUCGUCGUGCAAACUAUUAUGAGACUCGUUGGCCAUAUUUCCUUGGUUUUGGAACACCUCUCACUAUUGCCUCAAGCAUGUUCAGUUCAAUGUUCGCCAAUGGAGUAAUCUAUGCACUCCUUUUCCCACUUUUCAUCAUUAGUAGUUAUAAGGUUAAUUGGGCUAGAAAAUAUGAUGGAAAAAUACCGCAAAUCACAUUCUGUCGCAUAUCCUACUUCCUCACCCAACGAGUCGCUGAAUUGACCAGGUGGUGGUACACUCCUACACCGAACUCACAGCUGAGACCUGUCCAAAAACAAUAA